CAUCUGCGGUUGCCUGUUGGCGCCUGUUUGGGUUUCCUCGCCUGCAGCCAAUAGCGGUGAACGUUGCUCAGUAGCCAGAGCCACAGCCGCCUGCUUCUGUUGGGGCGAAGGGAGGAUUCUGGCGUCUCCUUCCUCAGCAGUCGGGCGGGAGUAGCCAACUCCGGAGGUGGGGGAAAGCAUCCCUCACCCAAGCAGGGCAGCCCGCUGAAGAGAGGCCGGCUGUGGCGCCCCGGGGUCCGUGCUCGCUGGCCUGGAGUUACGCGAAGGCGGGAGAGAGCGGUUACCUCAGGGCUUGUGGCUCUGCAAGAAGCAGGGAGUUGGUGAGACAUUUCUGAGGAUGUUCCUGCUUGGCUCAAAGCUCCUGUUGCUGGCUGUCCUUUUUGGGGUGGCCCACGCAGCUCCUGCUUCAGAUGGAGAUGAGCAGCCUGAAGAAGUACUACUAAACUUUCCCAAGGAUGAAGCUAGUCUGAAUGAAAUGUUCCGAGAAGUAGAAGAGCUGAUGGAGGACACACAGUACAAGUUGAGGAAUGCAGUCCAAGAGGUGAGACUUGCUGUCCAGAUCGAUUGGCAUCUAGAUCAGACGUUUUACUGGACUCUCCAACUUUUACCUACAGACCUUCUGUUCCCUGUGUGCACCCCAUUACCUGGAGAGAGAGAGCCUUGCUAUGAUCCUUCAAACAGGCUUCUUAACCUAAUUACAUGGGAGCUGGAGCCAGAUGGAGCCCUCGAUCGCUGCCCAUGUGCACAUGGAUUCAUUUGUCAGAUGCAGAGGCAUAGCAGUGAUUCUCUGUGUGAACUCUCUUUCAAUAAGACCCAAAAUGAGGAGAAGCCUUUACCAGUGGAUGAAAUAUCACUUCUGGAUUUUGUAACCUCACACAUUCCUGGCGACUAUGGAGAGAGAUUGAUUACAGAAGUACAGGAAGGUUUGGAUGAAGACUUAACUGAUCCAAAGAAACUGGAUCUGAUUUUUGGAGAUGAAAUGUAAAGUAGUUAAGCAAGUUAAUUAGUCACACUCACCAUUCUAGCAAUUUAGAUAGUGUCUUGUUUGAUAACUCUAAACUUGCACCCCUUUUCACUACUGGAUAUAAGUGCAAUAAUUGAGAGUAUAUUCUACAUAGUUAUCUUCUUCUGCCCUUGCAUGAUCAGAUGAGGUUUUCUCUUUUCAAGCUCAAACCAAAUUCUACACUAAAAUGUCAAAAGUUGUCAAUUGACUCUUUUGUGAACAAGUUUGAGUUUUAAACAAGGCAUGAUUUGAACUUGAUGGAUAGAUUAAUUUAAGUCUAUUUAUGAUUAUUGGUGGUGGUUUGAGCUCUGCAUUUUAUGUAUAUGUUGCUUGUUUUUUCAAAAUUUGUCAAGAGCCUUCUUGAUUUUUGGACUGGGCAUUGUUUUUAUUCAGUCUUUUAAAAUAUAACUAAUGACACUGCUGUAACUGUAUUUUUGAAAAACAGCAACUACAGGGACUUGAGGUAUAAAAGAUGAGAAUAGUCAGUGUGGCAUGUAAUUUAGCAAUAAUUAGUAAAAAGCAUCUCUAACAAAGAUCUGAGUGGGGUGAAACUUUAACAUCAAAUGGAUAGUAAUCAUUCCUCUAGAUAGCUAUUUUAUCCCAUCCUAGAAGCAAGUUCUAGAAGGCAUGUAUGUUUUAUAUACAAUGCAUAUUUGCUAUUGAGCACUUACAAUAAAGCAUUAUGGUUUAAAAAAGG